AUGCGCCCUGAAGAACCAUCAUCCUACGGUCUCUUCUCAUUCUUCACUUCAUCUAAAAAGAGUAUAGUCGAUCGUCCCCGAUCAGCAUUGGCUAUGUUCACAAAUCCGUCACCCUCUAUAUCGCCUAGUUUAUUGAGAAAAGAAUCCGAAGAUAGAGGAGAUAUCUUGAACCUACUCAGAAGGUCAUCUGGAGCCGAUUCGAGAGCAUCGAAUGACAGUGCAGCUUCUCGACUACCGGACAAUGCACUGAUUGGAUUAUCUGACAUUGAGAGACAACAUAUAAUGGGAGUGAUGGCUCGAUCGACAAGGAACACAUCUCCAAUGACAUCGAGAAGGUGUUCGUCGGCACUGCAAAUGCUUCCAGAAGUGGAUUGUAUCUCUGAGGCUGAAAAAGAACACAUUCAACAUAUUCUGGAGAAGGCAGAAUCAAAAACGCCGUUCAUGAUUAAUGUUCCAAUUAAGAAACAGAUUUCAUCCAGAACAGAAUCAACGAAUUCAAGAGUUUCAAGUGAAGGAAUCGAUGAAGAAGUUGAAAUCGAAGAUUAUAAGAAAACGACAGUUGGAGAUCCCAUCGUUGAAGUUCCAUCAAGAGCAGUGACACCUAGAAACAAUUUGAGAGUUGUUCCACCUCCGAUUGCUAUUUCUCAUCCAACACCUCCACAUUCUGCAAAAACAGAUACUGGAUCCAGACACAGCAGUGGAUCAUCCGCUCAUUCACAAUUCGGAUUUUCUACUCCUUCAAUUUCCGGAUUCAAAUCAUUCUUUGACAAAGCAAAAACGGCUACCGAGACAUUGGUGAAAGAAAUCAAAGAUGAAGUAAUUAUUCCAGAAACAGAGAAAGAAAAACCAGAACCAGAGAAGUUCCAACCAAUACAAUCAACAGGAGAACUUACAGUUGAAGAACUGGAACAUAUCAGAAAAAUCAAUGAAAUGGCUCAAUUCGAUGAACCCGUUCAACCUGUGGCUCCAGUUCAAGAGCGUAGAAAAUCAAGUGUUGUCAGUGGAUUGAAAAGUAUGUUUGGUGUUGGAAAACAAGAAGAACCAGCUGAAUUGAGUGAAUCAGAAAGGGAACAUAUAAGAAAGAUGUCUCUGAUGGCUGAAAAGAUGAACGAAGAGAUUAAAGUUGAAGAUUCCAAGCCAAAACCAUCUGGAGGAUUCGGAUUCAAAAACUUCUUUGGAAAAGCCACACAAUCCGUCAUGCAAGCGACAGAUGCCGUCAUCAAAAACGUUCCACAUCCGAAACAAUCACUUGGUGGAUUAACACAAGAAGAGCUGGACCAGAUUGCAAACGCUGCUGAAAGUGCUCAACAGGAAGCACGACAAGAUGUAACACAGGAGGAAUUGGAUCAUAUCGCAAGAAUCGCAGCGAUGGCAGAAGUUGACUUGAAGCGUCCAAUAUCCGAAUGGGAAGAGCCAGAACUGUCUCAAGCAGAGAAAGAUCAUAUUGCUAAAGUCACAGCAAUGGCCGCUGAAGAUUUCAAUAGACCAAUGUUGGAUAUACAACCGAAACUUAUUCUUCCAAAUUCUCCAGCCGUCUUCGAAGAACCAGAGUUAUCACAAGAAGAAAUGAAUCACAUUGCGAAGAUAGCUGCCAUGGCCGCUGGAGAAUUCUCUCAACCGAUGCUUGUUCCAAUACCAGAAGAAGAAAAAGAGCAUAUUGCAAGAAUUAAUGCAAUGGAGGAGGAACAAUUCAGUUCAGAUGUUCCAGCGAUUCGUUCAAUUCCAGUCGAACCUGAGCUUACGAAAGAAGAACUAAUACAUAUUGAGAGGAUAGCAGCUAUGGCUGAAAACGAUUUCAAUACAUUCCAUCCUAUUCCAUCGCAACCUCCAACUACAGCAUUCCCCACCACGGUUGUUUCAGCAGAGCCAGAACUCUCCCAAGAAGAAAAGGAUCACAUCGCUACGAUUGCUGCUAUGGCAUCUGAAGAAGAUUUCCAUGUAAAGAACGUUGUUCCUCCGAUGCCUUCUGAACCAGAACUAUCUCAAGAGGAAAAAGAUCACAUUGCUAGGAUUGCUGCUAUGGCUGCCGAUGAAGAUUUCCAUACUACUACAGUAUCCCACCCGAUGCCUUCCUAUGAACCAGAACUAUCUCAAGAAGAAAAGGAUCACAUUGCAAGAAUUGCGGCUAUGGCUGCUGAAGACUGUUAUCCUCCACCAUUCUCAGCAACCAACCCAUUCGUUUCCACGGAACCCGAGUUGACACAGGAAGAACUUGACCACAUUGCAAAGAUUGCUGAAAUGGCUGCAAUCGACUUCUCAGUGCCACAGCCAAAUGUUCCAAUAAAAUCAGCUGAACCAGAAUUGACACAAGAAGAAUUGGAUCAUAUUGCUAGAAUAUCUGCAAUGGCAUCAUCUGAGUCCAUGAUUCCUGUAAGAAGACAAGAACCAGAGCUCACUCAAGACGAACUGGACCACAUUGCAAUGAUUACUGCUAUGGCGGAGCAAAAGAUAAGUGACCCACUUCCUGCCUCCACAAGACCGCUGGCUCCACCUCCUCCAUCUCAGCAGCCAGAUUUAACCCAAGAAGAGCUCGAUCACAUUGCACGCAUUGAGCAAAUGGCUGAUAUGGAUUUCACUACUCCCGCUGCAUACUUCAAUCCCGAAGAAGAAGAAGAAGAAGAAGAAGAAGAAGAGCCGAAGACGGAAAGUGCAUCCGAUGCGACUUCAGGUGCUGAUCAAUUUGACGAACAAGAUUCCGGAUCAGAAGCUGGCUCCUUCAACGAAGACAACGAUGCUCCUCAAGUGCUAACGAGCGGUUCCUCUCCUGAUCGAGUUACAUCUCCUGCUGCACUUGACACUACUCAAGAGCUCCAACAGAGUCUUAUUAUGGCACAGAAGGUGGUGUCCUCAUCUCCUUCAGUGGAUUCAAUGGCGUCACGGGUGAGCAGUGAAUAUGACAUCAGAAGCAUAGCGGAGAUCAGGAGAGAGUCAGAAUCAGAUAUUGGAAAGUGGUAUGAAGAGCAACUCAGCUUCAUGCGACAAUCCAUUCACGAUGAGGAAGAAGAUGCAGGACAAGAAAUACCGACGGACGUUGAAGAGUUUCCAUUGGAAUAUGUCGAAGACCAACUUCAGUUCUUGGAUGGUAUUGCUGGGGAGAGUUUCCACCACCAACACCAGCCCACGUCUUCUUCGGCUCCGUUUUCCUUCCUAGACACCGUGAGAUCGAUUGGUGAAGAGUGUUAUGGCGGCGACGACGAAAAGAGAAAGAAUGAGGACGAAGAGGAGACGAAGAAGAAGACGAAGAAUAGUAGUCGUGAGGCUUUGGGAGAUGGAUCGGAGACGCAGAGAGGGGAGUCGACACAGCAGACACCCAUCGAUUCGGUGCUGGGUAGUCGUAUGUUGAAGCGACCCAAUUUUGGCUUCCUCUCUAAUAUUGCAAAUGAUGCUAUUAAUAAAGCAAAGGAAGCGGGCUCGCAAAUCCAAGCCGCCGUACCCAUCAAGCCAUCAACGUCCACCUCCAACAUUGUGAAUAACAAUGUCUUCUCCAACAGCAAAUCUACAACCUCCCUAGGCACAACUACUGCUGCAUCCAAAACUAUCCCAUCUCCUCAUAUCGACAUUCCGAUGGAUGGUCUUUCCGAAGAAGAACGUCGUCAGAUUAUGUCUGUAAUGGCUGCUGCCGACUUCGAUGAUUCUGUGAAUAAUGCGAAACCAAGCAGAAGUGUUUCAUCGAAUAUUCCAUCAGGAAUGGAGGACCUUUCUGAAGAAGAACGACAAAAAAUCAUGUCCGUUAUGGCGAAUGCCGAAAUGGAAAUGGGUCCACCUUUCACAGUUUCUAGUCAAUUACCAACUAGAUCUCCAAGUGUGAUGAGUACAAGUAUGAUGUCAGAAUUACCACCUGGAUUGGAAGAUUUAUCAGAAGAAGAGAGGUUGAAAAUAAUGUCAGUGAUGGCUGAAGCGGAUAUGCAAGAUGUGCGACAACCGAUGAUGGUAUCAAGAGGGCCACCACCAAUGCCACACAGCACUUCAAUACCACCUGGAAUGGAAGGGUUAUCAGAAGAAGAACGUCAGAAGAUCAUGUCUGUAAUGGCUAAUGCAGAAAUGGAUGUAUCCCAAAGUGUCAUUUCUUCAAGACAGCCUAGUAGACCCCCUAGUGUGGCCAUUAUGCAGGUUCCAACAAUUCCAUCAAUGCCAAUUGUUCCUCCUGGACUAGAAGGACUAUCAGAAGAAGAACGGCAGAAGAUUACGUCAGUUAUGGCUGAGGCAGAAUUCGAAAACUCCAAAAGUCAAGUACCAUCAAGACAACCAAGUCGAUCUUCUAGUUUUGCUAGAGUUCCUCAGCCAAUUCCAACGGUCUCAACAUUCCAAGCAAUGCCGAUGGUUCCGCCUGGCUUAGAGGAUUUAUCAGAAGAGGAACGUCAGAAGAUCAUGUCCGUUAUGAUGAAUGCUGAAGAAGAAGAAUCUAGAAGUCAACUUCCAUCAAGACAGCCGAGUCGAUCACCCAGCUUUGUUAGUAUUCAACAGCCAAUAAUGUCAUCUAUUCCACCCGGUUUAGAAGAUUUGUCAGAUGCUGAAAGACAAAAAAUCAUGUCUGUUAUGGCAGAAGCAGAAGUUCAGAAUUUGGUUCCCAGUCGAUCCCCUAGCAGUUAUUCAAUGAUCCCAGCUCCGGUGGUACCGCCUGGUUUGGAUGAUUUAUCGGAAGCUGAGAAACAAAAAAUAAUGUCAGUAAUGGCAAAAGCAGAGUUUGUUUCACAAAUGGUUCCAAGUGUUUCUGCAAGUCAAUAUUCCAAGCCUCCACCUCCACCAAAAAUGGGUCAACCUAACAUUUCGAUGGGUCUAGAAGAUCUCUCAGAAGCUGAUAAAGGCCCAAUCAGAUCUCAUUCAUCCACUCAAAUCAUUCCACCUGGAUUAGAAGAUUUAUCGGAAGAAGAACGAAGAAAAAUAAUGUCGGUCAUGGCAAAUGCCGAAGUAGAAGAUACGAUUCGACCAACAGAGCAAUUUUUGCCACGUGGACAUACUGGGUUCGCACCAACUGGAAUUGUGAAUGAGGAUGAAUUGUUCGAAAGAGAAAGCAAGCAGAGAGAAGAAUCUCCAACCAGAGAAUCUGGAUAUGCCACGUCGACAUCAUACGAACGAGAGUUAACGAUGGGCGGCAGCGAAGAGCGAAUGGAUGAACUACUCGAGGAUAUUCUUCGAAUUCGAGAAGGAGCCAGAUCAAGAAGAGAUAGUCGAGAUGAGGUGUUGCAUAGAAGAGAAGAGGAUCCAGAAGUUCGUACACCAGAAGAGGUUCCCGCUCCAGCACAGAUUGUAUCCCCUACACCUCCAAUAGAAGUUCCAACAAAGCCAUCAGACGAUUUCGAUUUCACUUAUUCUGAUUCAAGAUUCGCUGAUAUUGUAAAAAUGCAGGAAGAAGAAGAAGCCAACUCAAUUCAACAAAGACAAGUAGAUGAGAAGCCACGUAUGUGGGAGACCGUUUUCGACGGCGACGAAUCCGAAUUGCCCCACCAGGACUUUGUUUUCAACGACUCUACAAAGAAGCCGUCAGAGUUUGAUUUCCCAAAGGAGACGGACGAAGUGUUUGAAAAUCCCUCCGAGAUUCAAAGAAUUCGGGUCACUAAAAAUCAUGACUUAGAUAUGGAUGAAAUAUAUGAUAACGUUGUUGCUACAGAGGUUCCUGCUUCGUCUGUUUCUAGACAACCGAUUCAAAGCUCUUCGAAAUACAAAACAAUGCAAAGAACACCUUCAAAACCACCCCCAAUAAUCAAAAUAACAGCUGAAGAGGAAACGAAAUCAGAUAGUGAUGAAGAAAGUUGUUCAGAAGAGGACGAUGAAUAUCCGGAUAGAGCUGUUGCUGCUCCUACAGCGCCAGCGCCAUCUUAUGAAGAAGUAGAGAAUGAGAGAAUCAGACAAGAGGAACUCGGAAAAGAAGUACUGCAGCAAAUUCAGGCAUUCGGAGAAGUUGCAAACGAUGAGUUUGAUGUUCAAUGGGCAAGAACGACAGUUGGCCAGACACCGAGCACCUCGACUCAGCCAGUUGUGACGGUUCCAAAGAGAAGUGAUCCGAUUCCAAUUGCACCAUCGCAAAGGUCAAAGGAAAUCGAAGAAGAACGAAUUAGAGCAGAAGCUUUGGAAGAGGAAGAGUUCUAUAGACAUGGACACAAUCCGUUCUUAGAAUCUCCAGAUGAAGAUGAAGUGUCGAUCAACAUGGAAGACGUCGAAUAUGCUGAAAUUGCUAAAAUGUAUGAGUCUGCUAACCAGAUGAUGCGUCGUCCAGGACCAGUCUACACUAUCACUGAAGACGAAUCGGAAGACGAUGGAACAUUGAGCAAUUCUGAAAGCCGUAUGGUUGCCAGAGAAAAACGAUUGACGAAUAAAAAGACAGCGGAUUCUUUGAUGGCCAAAUAUCAUACAAUGAAGAAAGUGGAGGCGAAACCAACGACAUCUUCUUCAACCACUGCAACUGCCAAGCCUGCCUACGUCAUAAUGAAUCUGUCUGAUCCGAAGACGUCAACAAGGACAACAGAUUCAAGGACAUAUUACGAAAGUGCUAACAAGGUUCCACCAGUUGAAAUAAAGGAUCCAUCGAAAGAUAUUCCACCAGAGAUUUCUGCUUCAAUUGACAAAACGAUGGCAGAAGUAGAUGCAUUACUCGGACAAGUGUACACCAACGAAAAGGCAAAACCAAAUCUACUUUGUUUCGAUCAAACCAAAUUCCAUGUACCGACAUCUAGCACAAGUACAUCUACUGCCGACGAUUUGAUCCUUCUGAAGGACGCGAAUUCGACGUCUCCAUCAUUUCUUCUUCCACUUCAAUCUUCUGUUUUGGGUAGUCAAUUGGAUUCUGUUCAAAAUGACAACGAGAGAAAUGAGCAUGAGAUUACCUCUCCCAGAGGACUCAAACGCUCCCCUGGAAUGCUUCUUCCAUCUUCCACGUCCUCCAGUAUUUUCCCGAUUCCUUCAACAGCUGCAGAAUCGGUGGGAGCCACAAUUGGAGCCACUACAGCAUCCAUGUUCGGCGGCGUCAACAUUACCGAUCCGUCAUCAACUCUGGAUAAACUGACGAAUUCGUAUAAAUGGCUUCAGAAUAUUGAGGUACGCUCUAUUUUUUUCUUUUCA